GAACGAGUAACGAGUGAAUCAUAAUAUUCAUAAUAUUGAUAAUACAUGUAUUUAGUUAAGCACUGAUAAAUUCUUUUCUACUAUGAGAUUGAAGAUAAGUUUGUAGAUAAAAUCCAAGUGGCUUUUUUCAUGAGUAUCUGUGUUACCUACCAGAUCACGAUAAUUUAUUUAUGAGACAGAAUUUUCAAAUACCCAUAAAAUGAGCUCAGAAGUGGUAAAGAAUUCAGUGUUAUGUAUGGGUCCUGGAACUCACGGUGUACCCCUCAAACUCUUCGAAACAAAUAGAAGAAGGCUUGUGGAAAGACUGAAAUCGAAAAAUAUUGGAGAAGGUAGUAUUGUUCUUUUACAAGGUGGAAACGAUGUCCCUGUUCAUGAUACAGACACCACAUACUUAUUUCGACAAGAAUCUUAUUUUAUGUGGGCAUUUGGAAUAACUGAUCCCGGAUGUUACGGGGCUAUAGAAGUGGACUCCGGUAAUGCUCAUAUUUUUAUUCCAAAAUUUCCAGCAGAUUAUGGAAUAUGGAUGGGAAGAAUUUUAGAACGACAAGAAUGGGGUCAAAAAUAUGCAAUUGAAAAUGUACAUUAUGUUGAAGACAUUAAAAAAGUAAUGAGUGAAUUGAAACCUAAUAUGAUUCUUACUUUAAAAGGUAUGAAUACUGAUAGUGGCUUGUGUUCCAAAGAAGCAAAUUUCAAAGGAAUUGAAACUUUCAAUGUGAAUAAUACAUUGCUGUUUAAUGAAAUCGCGGAUUUAAGAGUAUUUAAAACUGAUUUGGAAAUAGAAGUUUUGAAGUAUGUGAUAGAGGUUUCCUCUGCCGCCCAUCGAAAAGUUAUGCGCUGUGUAGAGGCUGGAAAAAGCGAGUAUCAAUGUGAAUCUGAAUUUUUACAUUACUGUUAUCAAAUUGGGGGAUGCAGACAUGUUUCAUAUACUUGCAUCUGUGGUACUGGCCCAAAUGCAUCUAUUCUUCACUAUGGUCAUGCAGGAGCUCCAAAUGAUAGAAAGAUUAAAGAAGGAGAUAUGUGUUUGUUUGAUAUGGGAGCUAAUUAUUUUGGAUAUGCAUCUGAUAUAACCUGUUCGUAUCCAGUGAAUGGUAAAUUCAGUGAAGACCAAAAAAUGAUAUAUAAUGCUGUAUUAAGAGCCAAUUUAGCUGUUUUGUCUUCUGCCAAACCUGGUGUUUCUUGGGCAGAUCUUCAUGUUCUUGCUAUUACCACUCUUUUAGAGGAUUUAAAGAAAGGAGGAAUUCUUGUUGGAGAUGUUCAAGAAAUGUUGAAAGCAGGGGUUGGUGCAAUCUUUCAACCUCACGGUCUUGGACAUCUUAUGGGUUUAGAUGUCCAUGAUGUUGGUGGUUACCUACCUAAUAAUCCACCAAGACCAAAACAUGUACCUGGUGUUGAUAAAUUAAGAACAGCUAGAAUUUUAGAAGAGCGCAUGGUUUUAACCAUAGAACCUGGAUGCUAUUUCAUCGAUCAUUUACUAGAUCAAGCACUGAAAGAUUCAAAUUUAUCUAAAUAUUUUGUAGCUGAAGCUGUGAGUAAAUUCAGAAAUUUUGGAGGUGUAAGAAUUGAAGAUGAUGUUUUAAUCACCAAGGAUGGAGCUAUUAAUUUGACAAAAGUACCAAGAACUGUUGAAGAAAUAGAAAGAUGGAUGGCCGGACACGAUGAUGAAAAAUAUUGAAGGAUUAGUUCAUUCCUGUAUCUGAUUGAUAAGAUAUAUAAUUUAUUGGGAGUAUGUUGUAGAGUUUUAUAUUAUAUUAUAAUACUCAUUUAAUUAUAAUCAUUAUCUUAUUACCUGUUGAAUAAUAUUUAAAAAAAUAUAAUUUAUGUCGAUAUGGGGUAUACUUACAUGGAAAUUUGAGAAAAAUAAAUCAUUUACCUUGA